AUGAACAGAGCGAUGCUGGAGAGACACAGUCAGGCUUUGUUUGUAGUCCCAAAGAUGGUGAAAGUCCCCCCUUCCUGGGCUCUUUCAGUCUUCAACUCCUCUGUUCUUCAGGGUGUCCAUCACAGUAGCCAUUCCGUUUCCUUAGUCCUCCAACAUCUCCUUCACUCCAACAUGGUAUCGGAUGCGCAGUCGCUUCUUCAGCGGGUACUUUCUAAUCGAAUCUCUUCACCUUUCUUCUCUGUUUCAUCUCUCCUCCAGUAUUUAACACAACCCAGCUUGAAUUCAACCUCAUCAGUUAGUGCCCUUGUAUAUGAGUCCAUUGUCAAUGCCCAUGUUCAUUCCCAGUUAACAGAUGAUGCUCUGUUCUACUUCAAUCAAAUGCUUGAGAGAGGCCUUGCUCCUGGAGCCGUGACAUUCAAUAACCUGUUGGGUUGUCUUGUUAAGGCAGGCUGUUAUGAAAGGUCCUGGAAUUUUUUCCAAGGAGUGAAAGGGAGGGUUGAAACUGAUGUGUACAGUUUUGGGAUAAUGGUGAAAGGUUGUUGCGAGUCUGGUGAUUUAGAUAGAGCUUUUAAGGUUAUGGCCCAGUUGGAGGAGAUGGGUCUAUCUCCAAAUGUUGUUAUAUACACUACUUUAAUUGACGGCUGUGGUAAGAAGGGUGAUAUUGAAAGGGCAAAAUUGCUGUUCAAUAAAAUGUGGGAGUUGGGUUUGGCUGCUAAUGAGUAUACUUACACUGCUUUGAUUAAUGGACUCUUUAAGAAAGGACUCAGAAGAGAUGGGUUUAAGUUGUACGAGAAGAUGCAGCUGAGUGGAGUGCUUCCUAAUCUCUAUACCUAUAAUUGCUUGAUUAAUGAGUACUGCAAUGAAGGGAAAAUGGACAGAGCUUCUGCUAUGUUUGAAGAAAUGUGUGAAGGUGGCAUUGUGGCUAACGUGGUUUCAUACAAUAUUCUUAUUGGUGGGAUGUGUAAAGAUAUGAGAAUCUGGGAAGCAGAGAAGCUUGUCAGUCGAAUGAAAGGUGCAGGUGUUGUUCCAAACUUGAUCACAUAUAACAAUAUCAUAGGUGGAUUUUGUAGCACGAGAAUGUUUGACAAGGCUUUGAGUUGGUUAGAUGAAAUGCAGUUGAAUGGGCUAUCGCCAUCGUUGGUUACCUACAAUGUUCUCAUUCAGGGGUAUUCUAGUGCUGGUAAUUUAGGGAGAGUGACUGCUUUGGUCCGGGAGAUGGAAGACAGAGGUUUCACUCCUUCUGCGGUGACAUAUACAAUCUUAAUUAAUACUUAUGUGAAGUCUGGGGAUAUGGAGAAAGCAUUUCAACUUUUGUCCUCUUUGAAGAAUGCUGGUUUGGUUCCUGAUGCCUACACUUACGGAGUGUUAAUAAAUGGAUUCUGCAAAAGUGGGAACAUGAAAGAUGCUGCAAAAGUAUUUAGAUCCAUGAGAGAAAUACCGUUGGAGCCUAGUGAUGUAAUAUACAACACAAUGAUUAAUGGAUACUGCAAUGAAGGUAGCUCCUACAGGGCCUUGAGGUUGCUUGAGGAAAUGGAGGGUAAAGGAUUAGUUCCAAAUGUGGCUAGUUAUAACUCUACCAUUGCAGUCUUGUGUAAGGAUGGGAAAUGCCAACAUGCAGAAGUGUUAUUGAACAGUAUGAUUGGCGGCAAGCUGCUGCUAAGUGCUAAGGAAGGACAGAUGAGCAGGUUCCACUCAGAUAUGUUAAAGGACAACUCGGACCGGGUCAUAAAACUCAAACAUGGCGCUGGGAGUUCUGAUUUGUCUAACUGUUGGGGUAAGCUGAAAGUUAAGAAGGGAUGCAGGCCAAAUGCAUUAAGCAGUAACACGUCGGAAUGGGAUUGCUAAUUCAAACUUGAGGAGGAUGUGCACAAAUGCUUAGUAGGUGAUUUCACGGUUUCAGGUUCCAACUGAACAACCAGUGGGCUUUUGCUUAUAAACGUCGUGGGUGCGAGGAAUGAGAGUAGGAAAUGGACAGUUCGAAGGCUGAAUCAGUCACAGAGUCCCAGUGACAGACUCCCAUCACGAGGUAAACUGCAGGUGCACCAGCUUUGACAAUCUCUGGUAUGAACAUAGAACAAGUUUGACAGAUCAGUAAGUCUGAGCAUCGCAACUGUAGCUCAACAAAUGGUCGGUUUUGAUGGUAAUGGCGAUGUAGAACAAGUAUAAAAUUGGUUUUACAAUUUCUUAGAUGUAGAUCACCUAAUAUAUUUGCUGUUGUAUUCCUGUUUUCUCUUCCUUUUUCCUC